AUGCGGCCGCCGCUACUCUCAGCUCGGCUGUCUGUCCCGUCGCUCCAUUUUCACCCCACCGCCGUCGGCGUGGGAUUCCCCUCUUCUUCCGGUGCUCUGGUCCAGGUGAGGGCUCCCCCCAGGAAUCCCUUCCGGAGGAACAUGAGCGCGCCGUCCGAGGCGGCAGCGCCGUCGCGCUUUCCACUGCCGGCGGGCGGCGGUGGCGGUGCCGCAGCCGUAGGCCAGAACAAGCCCGACGACGACGUGGUGGUGCAGUAUGUGGUUCUGCGGCGGGAUCUGAUCGACGCGUGGCCGCUGGGGAGCGUCGUGACGCAGGGCUGCCACGCCGCCGUGGCCGCCGUCUGGGCUCACCGGGGCCACCCGGACACCGUGGCCUACUGCUCCGACGCCAACAUCGACUUCAUGCACAAGGCGAGGCGAAAUCCCCAACGCCCUAUAUCUGUUCGACGAAAUGCGCACAGAGAGAUGAUGAUUUCCUCCUAUAUGGCUCUUGCUUGUCUCUGGUUUUUUUUUGGGCGGCGGGCAGGUGACUCUGGAGGUGAAAGGGGAAACCCAGAUCCGGAACCUGUCGGAGAAACUCAUCGCCGCUGGGAUCGCCCACAAGCUCUGGAUCGAGCAGCCGGAGAACAUCCCAACCUGCAUCGCCACGAGGCCCUAUCCCAAAGCGGCGGUCGCCUCCUUCUUCAAGAAGCUCAAGCUCUGCAAGUGA